AUGCUGGACGAGAGCAGUUCGCGCGAGUCGCUGGUAGCCGGUGGCGUUCUGGCACGAGUCAAUGCGCGGCUGACCAAGGCUGGCGCCACCGUGACAGCACUGGCACUGAGCCGGGGGCAUGCGCUUGUGGCGACGUUGGCUGGGGUGGUGUUGGGAUGGGGCGAUGGAUGGCAUGGUCAGCUGGGCGCUGGCGUACUCGAGGCCCGGACGACACCACGGGCCGUGGCCGGACUGCCGCAGCCGGUAGACAUCGAGGAGCUUGCGGUCUCCGACAGCCACUCUCUCGCUCGCAACGCCGACGGAGCGGUUUAUGCUUGGGGUGAGGCGCGUGACGGGCAGCUCGGGUUUAGCGGAAAGCUGGUGGCAUCGGCGACCCGCGUCGAGGCUCUCGCACAGAUCCGGGCAACGAGCAUCGUCGCCGGCAACGGGUUCUCUGCAGUGCUUGCGGCCGACGGCGCUGUCUUUGUCCUUGGCGCGGCCAUGGCCAAGCGGGCCGGAUCAACCCUGCUCGACGCACCGUACAGGGUUGUGCUCGGCAGCGAAACGCCCGAGUUUGUGGCCAUGGCGGCAUCGGACAGAGCGCUCGUGCUGGGGACUAGUAACGCCGAGAUUGUCAUUCUCUCGGCACAUGCUGGAAUGACACGGCUGCAUCUGGCAGCGUUGGGGACGCUGGUGGCUGUCACUGCGUCGUGCAACCACUUUGCCGCGGUCGUGGCUCAUCCAGUAGUGGCUGAAACGCUGCGACGGCGCGCGGCUGGAGAGAAUGGCGCACCGGUCCUGCCGCCGCCGCGGCCACUACCAAAGCGACGACUGGUGUACAUGCGCGGGCUUGAUGCGUCGAUGGUGUCGCCGAUCCAGAUUCGUGCCUCGCAUCUCUCGUCGAUGACAAGCCAGUCGAGCUCUGCAGCGUGCGACGAUGUGUGGGAGGUCGGCGUCUUUUCGAGCUCUUCCGACGACGACUCUACCGACGACGGCAUCGACUCGUGCCAAGCUAGCCCACAGUAUCCCGAAGAGGUGCUGAUGCUGUCGUCGCCAGCUGCAGCGGCCAGCGCGGUCUCGAACUCGUCGGUGCUGUCCAACUCGGUGACACUAUCGGCGACGUUCUCGCAUCCGGACAACUCGGUGAUGGCAACACAAGCCGAGGUGCGGUCGGCGACGCCCGUCGACGUGCACCUCGUGGCGUGGUUUGUGCGGCAGAUGAAGGCGGCGGAGGGUGCGGCGGCGGUGGCUGGUCUCACGCCGCGUCGAAAGUCGCGCGCCAGACCCGGAAGUCAGCGGCUGGCGCUGGCGGCGCUGGCUGACGGAGCCGUGCUCGCUGGAGUGUACUGCAGCACGUUUCCCGCGUAUGCACGUGGGCUGAGACUCGCGCUGGAUACGCCCAAGGUGCCUCGGCGCGGGCAGCGGGCAGUGGCUUCGCUGCACAACCUGUCACUCCUGCUGGGCUCGGUCAACGCGCGGCUGGAGGCCCGGGGCGUGACCGUCAAGCGGCCACUGGCCACAGUUACGCCUGCAGCGCUUGCCGAGCCCGGUCAAGAGGUGAUCCGGCACGUAGCAGGCCUUGUGCUGGUGGCGAUAACCGCGUGCGCGAGCCCACCCGCGCCACUCGAGGACGUGGUGAGCGAGGUCGAGCGCGCUGCGCUCCGCAAGGUGGUGCGACACUACGGCGGACGAAGUGUGGCCGAGGUGGCGGUACCCAAGAUGGCUGCAGUGGAGAACGAGCUCGAGUCGAUCGGCGAGGAGACAAAAGUGGCGCGGCAGCGAGGCCUACGGCUCCAAGUGACGUUGCUGAACGUCAAGCGGGCACUUGCCGAAAUGCAGCUGUCGCCAGAGAAUGCACCGGCAGAGUAUGCAGUGAUCGAGUACGACGGCGUUGCGUUUUCGACGGUGGCGCGCCCAAUCGAACCGGUGGUGAGCUACAACGAGGCGUUUGAGCUCGAGAUUCGGCGAGAUGUACUGGCUGCUCUCUGGGCCGGAGCGAGCGGCGUGGCAGGCAGCGCGUUGCGGGUCUCGCUUGUUCGCAGAAGCGAGGGCGGCGGCGAGGUUUCGGCGAGCGGGCGGAUUGGGCUGGUGCAUGUUGUCGCGGCGGGCGGGCGAGUGUGCACCCGGUGGCACACACUCGGUGCAAGCGGGGUGCAAAUUCAACUGCGGGCGUAUGUAGCGAGUGGCGAGGGCGUGGAAGUGCCAGUGGACAAGAUUGCCCCGAGCUUUGUGGUCUCACCGCGACUGGCCCGUGUCGACUUGGACGAGCUCACCCGCGAUGUGGCAGCGUGGUCCGGCCGCGGCGUGUGGCCGGAGGUGUUUGCCACGAGUCCGGCCGUGCCGGGCAGCACCAUGUUUCCGUGCGGCGACGGUGACGGUGAUGUGUUCAAGGUGGGCCUUGUGGCUGCGGCGCGGGCGCGGGAUGAUCUACUGGCGGCGGUGCUGGGGGAUGAGCACGCAGUGUUGUCGCUGGCAGACGGGUACCGCUUUCACGUAAUCGACGAUGCCGGUAUGGUGUGGUUGACGGCGCUUGAUGGCUCGGUCUGCGUCUCGCUCCGGUGGUAUGGCGACGGGAACGUGAAACGGGCUGUGGCGGACGGGCGGCAUGUCAUGCGCGAAGCGGUGGCGAAUGGCGGACAAGCGGUGCAUGUGGCGCUGGUGGUAGGCGACGAGAUCCGGACCCAGAGCCUGCACUUUCCCGGCGACGCCGUCCUCACCAUCCGGAUUGUGGGCAUUCCGAACACGCCGCGAGCGAGGCCGUCGGCAAAUAGCACCGAUCUCGACGAGUGGCGGGUCUUUCUCGGUGCGCUCGGACGUGGUCGAAUGGCGCGGAUCGCCGACUGGAGCGGGUUCAGCGACUCGUCCAAAGUCGAGUUGGCCAAGGCACUCGACCUAGUAGUCGAGGCAUCGGGCGCUUGUCCGCACCGUGCCCGAGCUGUUGGGCACGUGGCGUACAGCACACCGAGUCGUUGAUGAAGAGCACAGGACAGAUGUAGCCAAUUGGAGGAAGGAAGAUGCGAUCAUAGGGA